GGCACAAUUGGAGAAUGCGCGCUGCAACGUAGGACGGUUAGUUUGUGUGCCUGAUUGAAAUGGCUUUUUAACCAGCACUUACAGCGACAUGAAAACUCUCUGCUUGAUCGCUUCGUUUAUCUGCAUAGCACUUAAUGUGAUUGCAGACCAAGACACGUUGUUCUUUAAUCCUCAACCUGAAGAUAUCACAGCUGUUGAAGGCUACAAUGCUACUCUUAAAUGUGGAGCUUCCAGUAAACGGAAUAUUACUUUCUAUUGGACCUUAGAUGGUGCGAGAUUGGAAAAUGACACCAGACGGCAUAUGGUUGGAAGCAAUCUAUAUAUCUCUCGAGUGAGUCCAUUAUAUGACAUCGGAGAAUUUAAAUGCGUGGCAACAAACGUCACCACGGGCCGCUCUAUAAUCAGCAGGGGAGCACAAAUUAACAUUCUAUGGAUAACUGAUGCAAUAACUGUUAUACCAACUGAAUCUUCUCUUGAACCAAAAGUAGGAGAUGAACUCAUUCUACGAUGCAAAUCGGAAGGAAAUCCUGAACCUCAAGUUACUUGGUAUCACAAUGGUGAAAAGCUGUUUAGGGGAGAAAAAGUGUCUUUAAAAGCUAACCAGUUGCAUAAAAUGAACCUUUCCUUGCUUGACAAUGGCGUUUACUCCUGUCGAAUUAUUAAUGAUGUUGGAUCAGUCAACAGUAGUGAAAAUUUUGCUCUGAAGUUAUCAGAUGCCGAAAGUCCUCAAAUUACUUUAAUACCGCAAAGUAAAGUGGUGAAAGAAAAUAAUUCUGCACUUUUUGAUUGUGUAUUUGAAAAUGCUGCUUCAACUGAUUGGUACUUUGAAUCAAAUGAACAUCAACUUUCAAAUGACACCAGAUAUGUUAUUUAUCCAAAUGGUACCCUUAAAAUUGUGUCAAUGUCAAGUGAUCUUGUUGGAUUAUAUAAAUGCCAAGGUGUGAGUAAGAAACCAGAUACAAUUCCUCAUCAAAAAUAUGUUGCAGAGUUGCAAAUAGCUUAUAUUGAUGACUUCUUGAAUGCUUUUGAUCCUCAUUUGAAUGCUGAUCAGAGUGUUGUAGUUACUGUUCAUGAAUCAUAUGAUGUAACAUGUCUCAAGCCAAAAGGUCUUCCACGUCCAAAAAUGUGGUGGGAAGAUCCUAAAGGUCAUGUAAUAAAUGAUAGUGGACAGAUUUAUGUUCAAGAUAUGAGACUGAUUUUUUCAGAAGUUCAAGAGACUGAUGCAGGGGAAUAUACAUGUGUAGCUGAAAAUAUUGCUGGAGAACAUCGUAAAAGCUUUAAUUUGUUUGUGUCUG